CGGCCCCGCCCCGCCCUGCUUCCGGCGCGUCCCGGAGCGUUCGGCGGGUUAAACAACCUCCGCGCGGCGAGCGCGGGCGGCCAACCAGGGUGAGGGGGCGGCGGCGGCCGCGGUCCGGCCGGGUCCCCACUGCUCCCGGCCCCCGCCCCGGGCCCGCCGCCGGCGUCGCCAUGGGCAAAAAGCACAAGAAGCACAAGGCCGAGUGGCGCUCGUCCUACGAGGAUUACGCCGACAAGCCCCUGGAGAAGCCCCUGAAGCUGGUCCUCAAGGUCGGAGGAAGCGAAGUGACUGAGCUCUCAGGAUCCGGCCACGACUCCAGUUACUAUGAUGACAGGUCAGACCACGAGCGAGAGAGACACAAAGAAAAGAAAAAGAAGAAGAAGAAGAAGUCCGAGAAGGAGAAGCAUCUGGAUGAUGAGGAGAGGAGGAAGCGCAAGGAAGAGAAGAAGCGGAAGCGAGAGCGGGAGCACUGCGACACGGAGGGAGAGGCUGACGACUUUGAUCCCGGGAAGAAGGUGGAGGUGGAGCCGCCCCCAGAUCGGCCCAUCCGAGCCUGCCGGACACAGCCAGCCGAAAAUGAGAGCACACCUAUUCAGCAGCUCCUGGAGCACUUCCUCCGCCAGCUCCAGAGAAAAGAUCCCCAUGGAUUUUUUGCUUUUCCUGUCACGGAUGCAAUUGCUCCUGGAUAUUCAAUGAUAAUAAAACAUCCCAUGGAUUUUGGCACCAUGAAAGACAAAAUCGUAGCUAAUGAAUACAAGUCAGUUACGGAAUUUAAGGCAGAUUUCAAGCUGAUGUGUGAUAACGCCAUGACGUACAACAGACCAGACACCGUGUACUACAAGUUGGCGAAGAAGAUCCUUCACGCGGGCUUUAAGAUGAUGAGCAAAGAGCGGCUGUUAGCUUUGAAGCGCAGCAUGUCGUUUAUGCAGGACAUGGAUUUCUCUCAGCAGGCAGCUCUUCUGGGCAGCGAAGACACAGCUGUUGAGGAGCCUGUUCCUGAGGUUGUACCUGUACAAGUAGAAACUGCCAAGAAAUCCAAAAAGCCGAGUAGAGAAGUUCUCAGAUGCCUCUGUGUCUGUGGAUGCUGGAGCGGCAGCUGCAGCCCUGGGGUCAGGAGGUGUGCAUGCUGCAGCAGAAGCAGCUGUAUGUUUGAGCCGGAAGGGAACGCCUGCAGCCUGACAGACAGCACUGCAGAGGAGCACGUGCUGGCGCUGGUGGAGCACGCGGCUGACGAGGCUCGGGACAGGAUCAACCGCUUCCUCCCAGGCGGCAAGAUGGGCUAUCUGAAGAGGAACGGGGAUGGCAGCCUGCUCUACAGCGUGGUCAACACGGCCGAACCGGAUGCUGAUGAGGAGGAGACCCACCCAGUGGACUUGAGCUCGCUGUCCAGUAAGCUGCUCCCAGGCUUCACCACGCUGGGCUUCAAAGACGAAAGAAGAAACAAAGUUACGUUUCUCUCCAGUGCCACGACUGCACUUUCAAUGCAGAACAAUUCAGUGUUUGGUGACUUGAAGUCGGACGAGAUGGAGCUGCUGUAUUCAGCCUACGGAGAUGAGACAGGCGUGCAGUGUGCGCUGAGCCUGCAGGAGUUUGUGAAGGAUGCUGGAAGCUACAGCAAGAAAGUGGUGGACGACCUCCUAGACCAGAUCACAGGUGGAGACCACUCCAGGACGCUCUUCCAGCUGAAGCAGAGAAGAAAUGUUCCCAUGAAACCUCCAGAUGAAGCCAAGGUUGGGGACGCCCUCGGAGACAGUGGUGGCUCUGUUCUGGAUUUCAUGUCGAUGAAGCCGUAUCCUGACGUGUCUCUGGACAUCUCCAUGCUCAGCUCUCUGGGGAAGGUGAAGAAAGAGCUGGACCCCGACGACAGCCACUUGAACUUGGAUGAGACGACCAAGCUCCUUCAGGACCUACAGGAAGCCCAGGCGGAGCGUGGUGGCUCUCGACCCUCAUCCAACCUCAGCUCCCUGUCCAACGCCUCCGAGAGGGACCAGCACCACCUGGGAAGCCCUUCUCACCUGAGUGUCGGGGAGCAGCCAGACGUAACCCACGACCCGUAUGAGUUUCUUCAGUCUCCAGAGCCUGCAGCCUCUGCCAAGACCUAGCUCUGGGCCAGCUUCAGCUCUUUUUUUUGUUUGUUUGUUUUUUUAGUUUUCAUUUGCAUGUGUGGAGUUUUUGUCGUUAGACAAGGACUUUUAUCUUGUCCCCUUUGGCCUGCGGGAAGCAGCCCCGGGGAGAUCAUGGUCAUGAAUUGUC